GUUGAACUGAUAGUGGUUUUGUUUUGAAAAAUCUUCAGUAAACCAACUCUCAUCUUAUUGGAGCUUGUGUAUUUUUGACAACCCCUCCCACCUCAGUUAGUACGAAUGUGACCUACGGAGGACUGUUUAUUGACUUAAUUGCUUUGACAAAAAUGUUCACUUUACUGCUGCUACUUUUCGCUUAUUGUAUAAACGAAGCGGACUUACAUUCCCCGAGGAUGAUGUUCAAAUACAAAGACGCUCCAGUUAAAAGGUUUCCAUUGCGUGAACAAAAUUUGCCAGUUCAGAUUCUCUUGGGAAAAUGGCCAGCUGAUGUUACAUCUGUUGAAAAGACCAACCUGACGUUCUACAACUUUAAUGACACUGGGGAGGAUCCUAAAGACAUGAAGAUCCAGUGGAAGGAUUACAAUGACUGGAAAAUUGCAAUGGUUCAUCAGAGGGAAGAAGGAAAGCCGCUGUUUGUUUGUAUGACCAAAGGCAGGACGACAAAUUGCUGUGACCUGGAUUCAUCAGGGUCACUCACAUGUGAUAAAAUCGACUAUUUUAAUAACAUUAAGGAAAACGAAAAAUCUGCUCUUGAUGAAACUGAUGCAAAAAAAGAUCUCUAUCUUACAUCCUCUGGAGCUCACGAGAAUGUUGGCAUCCACAAGUUUGGAAGUAAAAGAGUGAGACCAGCCAAUCCUGAGAAUGAGCAGUACUAUUUGGGAUUGGUUCUGAGCAAAAGAGAAGACGAGCCAUUGCAGAACAAAGUUUAUUCUUUCUAUAAGCAGAAAAACAAAGACAUAAGCCCAGGCACUAACAUGUGGCUCCCCUUUGUCAGCCAAGUUUGCAUGGCUGAUAUGGGGGGUCCGAAGAACAAGCUGCAGUUUAGUUGGACGUCUCUGAUGAAUGCAAGGCUCUAUUGUGGUAACCCUGACAACAAACAACAUUUCUCUGAGCUGGUCGAUGUGGCUACUGUAAAUUCAGACCAUUGGCAGGACACCAGAGUUUAUGCACUGUUCAGAAAUGAAUGGGGCAUGAGUGCUGUGUGCAUCUACACAAUAGGAGACAUUGAAAAAGUUUUCAGAAGAUCUCCCUUUAUUGAUUCAGACCAGAACGAUGAGGACAGGAAAAAGUGUGUUUCUGACAGCACCAAGAUUAAUACUGAAAUCCUGAGGAGAGUCGAAAAGGUUUCGGAGAUGAAGGAGUGGGUGAAGCCCAAGUUGGCCCCAGUUCUCUUCAACCAUCACAACUACACCCGAAUCUUUGUUGAUGCUUCCCCAGGAAAUCAACACACAGUUAUGUUUCUCUCUCUAAGUAACGGUGCUAUUCACAAGGCAUUACAAAUGGAAAGUCAUUCGUUCAUCAUCGCUGAGUAUCAACCUUUUAACUACUCAGCCCACAUCUUCAACCUUAUCCUUAACCCCUCCACAAAAAAGCUGUACGUGAACUCACAAACUGAGCUGGUCCAAAUUGACGUGGGAAACUGUGGCCAGUAUGGAAACAACUGUCAGGAGUGUGUUCUGUCCAGAGAUCCAUACUGUGGCUGGAAAAAGAAACAAUGCACCUCUGAGACCAGUGGUGCACUUCAUGAUGUGGUCCACAGGAACCGCAGCAUUUGCUUAAAAGACCAAGCAUCAUCACUUCCACGCAUAGCUAAAGGCACCGUAAGAGACGUCGACAACUCAGUGAAAAGGAUCACAGUUCCCUCUGACUCCAGUUACUUCCUGCGAUGUCCAGUGUCAUCCCAUCAUGCCCAGUAUACUUGGAAAACUCCUGAGGGCUCCAGUUCUUGUAACCCUCAGGAACUGAAAGAUGACCAGUGUCUUCUGCUGAUCGACAGCAUGACUCUCAAUCAUCAGGGAGAGUAUAAAUGUGAGUCUGAGGAAAUGGGCUAUCAAAAAGUCCUGGCAGAGUAUGAGCUGAGACUUUCAUCUGCAGGCCGGACAUUUGGUCCAACUGUCUGGAUCUUUGUUGCGGUUGUCUUCAAAAGUGUCUGGUUUUAGUUUUGAGCCUUUAAGCAAAUAUAUUAAUAGCAGCAAAUUAAACCUUGAACAAGACCCAGCAGAGCUUGAGAUCGGUGUCGUCAAACAGACUCGCCAAAGUGAAAAUAUUUUGGCAAAAAAGAAGAAAAAUAGUCAUGGUGAAAGAAUGUAAAACAGACUCAAAGGUCACUUUAGCAGCAGCAGUGUUCUCAUGUUUAGAUGUUAUUUACAUUAUUUACUAGAGGACAUUUAUUUCAAGAUGGUCAUUACUGAUGUAAUAGUGCUAAAAUGCACUUAGCAGUUGUUCUAACCUGUCAAAGGACUUCCUUUUCAGGAAGUUUAUACUAGGAAGUCCAUACUUCCUAGUAUAAACUUUCUGAAAUAAGAAGUCCAUACUUCCUUUUUGUGCCAAAAAAGGAAGUAUGUUACAUCCAUUUGCCACAAACGCAGUCUGAAGUGUUGAAAUGUUUUUUUAAUUAAUUUACAUUUACCUGCAACCUAACAUCACCAAUGUGUCUUAGUUUCCUUUUGAUGGCAGACAUGAUAAACUCUGAUAUUGGUGAUUAUGAGACAGAAGUGUAAACUUGCAUUAUGAAUUAAGACAAAUUUAGUGACAUGCUACAGCAGCAGAACCAGGCAGGUGCAGAGAGGCCCAACGCUAUAGUUCUCCUGAGUAAAUCUGAUGAGGAUGCAGUCAUUUGGCUACAAGGAACUGCCCAACACACGUUUCCUAUUCCUCACACAACUGCACAAGAAUUAGAGUGAGUGUGGUUCCACAGACCUAUCUGCAUGUUAGGCCUAACAUGCACUUACACAUACAGCUGCCAGAUUCAGCUGUAUGUGUCUGUAGUCUGUAGUUCAGUCAUACUGAGCUUCUCUUUUACAUAUUUUGUUAGUAGGAAAAUGUAAAUUGCUUUGCAAAUCUACUCCUAGCCAUAAGGAAUUUUGAAAUUGUGCCAAAUGGAAAUGGUGAAGAGAUAUUAAUAUUUUUGCAAAGUGUGGUUAUUUCAGUUGGUGGGUUUUUUAAAUAUAUUAUGCUAUUUUUUGGAAUAAGACAUAUUUACAGUCUGAGUGCUGUCAUCAAGAGAUGAUGCUUUUGUCUGUACGAGAGAUAUGAUACAGAACUUUGGGCAGACAUGCAAGCAGCUUAUCUUUCAUCAGUCAUGUAAACAAGGUCUGGUUUCUUUUUUGCAUCAUUGGCGCCUGGCACAAAACAAGAUGUUUAUUGUUUAAAGAAGUAGAACAAGCUUGAGUAGUUGGAAAUAUGGUUGCAUCAAUGUACCAAUUCAAUAUAGAAAAAUAUUGCUGAAUUGAUUUACACCAAUAGCUUCAUGAGCGUAGUCAAAAAUGCAAAACCAACGCAACUUUCAUUAGUUCAGCCAGUGCAACUUGAAGUGAAACAGCGAAUGUAAAAUAAAUAAUGAAGAAGAUGAAACUGAUUACUUCGGUCAAACAUAAAAAUAAGCAACAACAACCCUUCUUUCAAAUGAUUCAGAAAGUGCAAUUAAGUAUUUUAAAUAUAAAC